AUGGACUUCUCCGACAUUUUUCGUAUGGUGAACUUCGCCGUCGCCGCCUUCAUUGUUCUUGGUGGUGUUGCGAAGUUGUUCCCUUUCAACGAUUUCUCACACAUCAUUCUCGGUGUCUACCUGAUAAUCUUCGGGGCCGGUACUGCGCUUCUUGAGUUCCAGAUCCCUCAGCAAGUCGCUCGUUAUGCCUCCUUCAUGUUCUCCUUCCUCGGCCGUGGUAUCUUUUAUGUCUUCAUCGGAUCCGUGAUCGUUGGUAACGGCUGGUUCCGCAUUGUCCCCGGUACCAUUGUUGGUAUCAUUGGUCUUGCCUACGCUGUCUUGGAGUACAUUCCCUCGAUCGAGCCUCCAGCGAACAUGCGCGAUGCCGACGCCGGCUGGGGCGCUGAGCAAGUCUAA